AUGUUCCCUCUUCUUUUCGUAGGACUCCUCCUCGACCGUCUGUUCGGCCUUGAACCUGGGUUCCAUUCCGAGGUCCUUGCUCUUCUCCAGGUCUUCCAGCAAGCGCAGGUCCGUUCUCCGAUGUGAGCAGGGCUCGGUGCGGGUCCUGACCCGAACAAUUGGCAUUCCGAUCAAGGGGCUGGUCUCCAGCAGACGGCGCUGGUCGGGGAUUUCGUUGUGAUUCAGCCAGAUCCGACUCGUAUAUGGGGUGCCGGGUGAAGUAGGCGUAGUGGGCGUGGGGGUCGACCAGCCAGAACCGCUGACUGUGCCGGUAUCCGGUGGCCUGCGGCGGCUGGGGCCAGAGGACCGCGGACUUGGAGUGGAGAAGCGGGUCGGCGCGCGCGCUGGAAUGGGGGUCCAUGGAGAGGCGUUCGGUUUGAUAUCGAACGAACGCACUCGGCUGAUUCGGCUGAAAAUCGAAAAUUCAGGUAUCUGUAUAUUGUACAUGAGAAAUGAAGCAAAGAAUGGGCAGUAA